AUGAUUGAUGCGGCAGCCAGUGUGACGCAAGAAACAUAUUCUUUGCUAGGCGUGAAAAGCAUUGGUGUUGACUACGGCCUGGUUCGAACGGGAGUCGCCGUGACGGUGGGAUACGACCCCAAGCCAUUAACGAUUUUGAAAGAUUUGAACGCAACUGAAGUUUGCGAUGCGGUCAUUCGAUGCGUUCGACUCGAGCAAGCCUCCCGUAUAGUGGUGGGCCUACCUCUGCACAAGAACGGCACAAUCGCGGAACAAACCAAUCUGACUCUUGUUUUCGUCGCGGAACUCGCUCAGAAGAGUUUGCAAGAGCUAGGGCCCGGGGUAAAAGUUGAGCUCUUUGAUGAACGAUACACUUCAAAAGCAGCCGCUGCGAGAGCACACAGUCGCAAUCCUCACCAGCCUUUAUAUGGUACGUUGGAUGCUGACGCUGCCUGCAUCAUUUUGGAAAACUACUACAACGACAAUGGUCUGGGCGCCCAGCCUGCACACUUAAGACCAGACAUUGUAGAAGAGAGUCGACGUUUUUAUGAAAGAAAAACGAUGGAUGAAGACGCCAGUUACAAGCUGCGAUAA